AUGGAAAUCGAUCAAGAAGAUUCAAGUAAUGUUUUUUUCGGCAAUACUAUUCCUGGUUUAGAUAUAUUAAAUGAAAUCAAUUUAGGUCAUGUGGCACGUGGUUCUUCAUUGAAUGCAACAGCACGAUGUUUAGUUCGUACUGCAUAUGGUGAAACAGCAUCAUUUAAUGAUUUAGCUGCAGGAGGAUUUGAUCUUCUUUUAACUUUUAUUGCUCGAAUUCAUCAAAUAAAUGUUGCAUCUGUCAUUGCAGACAGUCAAUCAAUCAAGAACUCUUUACAGCAAAUGAAACACGACAACAACAAAAAAACCUCCUCGACCAGGUCAUCCAUUACAUUAUCAAAACGAGAAAUUUCGACAACAGUUCAACCAUCAUUAUUAUCGAAUAAAGAACAUGAUGAUGAUGACGACGACGAACUUUGA